AUGGAGGAAGCUGGUGGCUGUGCGAGGAUGGGUCUGAGAGGGGUGCUUCUCGCUCUGGCUUUGCUGCUCUCGGUGUGCGUGCCAGCAAGCCAUGGACUCACGGACAGCCAGGACACUUCUGUUCUCCGAGCGUUAAUGGAUCAGUGGCAGAACUCGCCACCGACGUGGGGACAGUCCGAUGAUCCCUGCGGCGAUUCGCCAUGGGACGGAGUGACAUGCAGCAACAACAGGGUGAUCUCCAUAAAAGUGUCAACCAUGGGCAUCAAAGGAGUUCUAGCCGCUGACAUCGGGCAGCUGACCGAGCUGCAAUCCCUGGACCUGUCCUUCAACAAUGACCUUGGAGGUGUGCUCACUCCGACCAUCGGUAAUUUGAAGCAGCUUGCAACCUUGAUUCUGGCAGGUUGCAGCUUUCAUGGCAACAUCCCUGAUGAGCUAGGGAGUCUUCCAAAACUAUCUUACAUGGCUCUGAACUCGAAUCAGUUCUCUGGAAAAAUACCAGCAUCUUUGGGCAGUCUCUCCAGCCUCUAUUGGUUUGAUGUCGCCGACAAUCAGCUGACCGGCCCAUUGCCAAUCUCAUCAAACGGGGGAAUGGGUCUAGACAAGCUUACAAAAACCAAACACUUCCACUUCAAUAAGAACCAAUUGUCUGGUCCCAUCCCAGACGCUCUCUUCAGCCCUGAGAUGACACUGAUUCAUCUGCUUUUUGAUGGAAAUAAAUUCACCGGUGACAUCCCGGACUCUCUUGGGUUUGUUAGUACACUCGAAGUUGUCCGGCUGGAUAGAAAUUCCCUCUCCGGACCAGUUCCGGCGAACCUGAAUAACCUCACCAACGUAAACGAGCUCAACUUAGCCAACAACCAGCUUAACGGACCGUUGCCCAAUCUAUCUGGGAUGACUCUUCUCAAUUAUGUCGAUCUGAGCAACAACACAUUUGAUCCUUCCCCGAGCCCGCAGUGGUUUUGGAAGUUGCCACAGCUCUCGGCUCUAAUUAUACAAUCCGGAAGACUCUACGGCACGGUGCCGAUGAAGCUGUUCAGCAGCCCGCAGCUGCAGCAAGUGAUCCUGGACGGCAACGCGUUCAAUGGCACCCUGGACCUGGGGAGGAGCAUCAGCAGCGAGCUGAGCAUGGUGAGCUUCAAGGACAACGACUUCUCCUCCGUCACGGUGACCUCCAGCUACAACGGCACCCUCGCGCUGGCCGGGAACCCGGUGUGCAACCACCUGCCGAACACGGCGUACUGCAACGUGACACAGCACGCGCCUUCGCCGGCGUACACGACGAGCCUGGUGAAGUGCUUCUCGGGGGCGUGCCCGCCGGAGCAGAGCAUGAGCCCGCAGAGCUGCGGGUGCGCGUACCCGUACCAGGGGGUGAUGUACUUCCGCGCGCCCUUCUUCGCGGACGUGGGCAACGGGACAGCGUUCCAGGAGCUGGAGAGCAAGCUGUGGACCAAGCUGGAGCUCUCCCCGGGCUCCGUGGCCCUGCAGGACCCCUUCUUCAACAGCGACUCCUACAUGCAGGUCCAGGUGAAGCUCUUCCCUUCCGGCGGCCCCUACUUCAACCGCACCGAGGUGAUGCGCAUCGGCUUCGACCUCAGCAACCAGACCUUCAAGCCGCCCAAGGAGUUCGGCCCCUACUACUUCAUCGCCUCCCCGUACCCCUUCCCAGAUCGGAACGGGCCGGCGUCCAAGAGCAAGGGCGCCAUCAUCGGGAUCGCGGUUGGCUGCGGCGUCCUGCUCAUCGCGCUCGUGGGAGCUGCCGUCUACGCGCUCAUGCAGAGGCGGCGCGCGCAGAAGGCCACGGAAGAGCUCGGGGGGCCUUUCGCGUCGUGGGCUCGGAGCGAGGAGCGGGGCGGCGCGCCGCGGCUGAAAGGGGCGAGGUGGUUCUCGUGCGAGGAGCUGAAGCGGAGCACCAACAACUUCGCCGAGGCGAACGAGCUGGGGUACGGAGGGUACGGCAAGGUGUACAGGGGCAUGCUGCCCAACGGGCAGUUCAUCGCCAUCAAGAGGGCGCAGCAAGGGUCGAUGCAGGGCGGGCACGAGUUCAAGACCGAGAUCGAGCUGCUCUCCCGGGUGCACCACAAGAACCUCGUCGGCCUCGUCGGCUUCUGCUUCGAGCAGGGCGAGCAGAUGCUCGUCUACGAGUACAUGUCCGCCGGCACGCUGCGCGACAGCCUCACCGGGAAGAGCGGCCUCCAUCUCGACUGGAAGAAGCGCCUCCGGGUGGCGCUGGGCGCGGCACGCGGCCUCGCCUACCUGCAUGAGCUCGCCGACCCGCCCAUCAUCCACCGGGACGUCAAGUCCAGCAACAUCCUCAUGGACGAGCACCUCACCGCCAAGGUCGCCGACUUCGGCCUCUCCAAAUUAGUGUCCGACAGCGACAAGGGCCACGUCAGCACCCAAGUCAAAGGAACGCUGGGUUAUCUGGACCCCGAGUACUACAUGUCCCAGCAACUGACGGAGAAGAGCGACGUCUACAGCUUCGGCGUGGUCAUGCUCGAGCUGAUCAUCGCCAGGCAGCCGAUCGAGAAGGGCAAGUACAUCGUCAGGGAGGCCAAGAGGGUUUUCGACGCUGCCGACGCCGAGUUCUGCGGCCUCAGGGGCAUGAUAGACUCCAGGAUCAUCAACACCAACCAUCUCGCCGCGUUCAGCAAGUUCGUGCAGCUGGCCAUCCGGUGCGUGGAGGAGGGCGCUGCCGCCCGACCGUCCAUGAGCGACGUCGUCAAGGAGAUCGAGAUGAUGCUGCAGAACGAGGGGCUCAGCAGCGCCUCCACGUCUGCGACCGACUUCGACGUCACUAAAACCGCUCCUCGCCACCCUUACAACGAUCCUCUCCCAAAGAAGGACAAGGACAUGAGCACAGACUCAUUCGACGACUACAGCGGAGGAUAUUCUUUCCAGUCAAAGGUCCAACCAAAGUAG